AUGCCAUGUCGGAUCACUGGAUGGGAAUUUGAAAACCGGACACGUGUUCUACGGCUGGGAUCACUUUGGGUGCACGGAGUCCAUAUUGAACGGAGAAGAUUUCAUAUUCAUUUGAGUGUGCUUUUUGGUAUUGUGGCAAUGGUAAUUAAUCACACGGAAAUGAAAAGGUUCAGGGAUACGAAAACAUGGACAUCCGGCAUUGAAGAUGGAGUUUCAAUAAAAGAUGAAACACAAAUUUUCAAACCAUAUUUUGAGAGUCAAGAAAAUGAAAGAGAAUCUGCAAAUGCGUGGAGAUUGAGUUUGACAACAAACAUAUGGAACAGUGUGAGAAAUAUGUGA